UUCUUUCUCCCUCAGUCCUCCUCUUGCCUCCCUCGCCGCUUCGGCUGUUCGGCGACGGGGAGGAGCCAGAAUUUCCGCUGAGCGCGCGCCUGCGUGCGUCACCCUCCUCCUCCUCCUCCAGUCGCGGGCUGGUUCCCUUUCCUGCCCAUUCGGUUCAUUCAACCGCCGCCUCGAGCGUCGACCGGUGGUGGGUGGCUGGUUCGCCCUCACGUCGCCUCGCGCCUGACCCCCCCCCCCGGCUUCCCAUUCCGUUGAGCAAGAGUGAGGGAGGUUGGAAAAAAAGCCUUGAAUUAUGAACUACGUGGGACAACUUGCAGGACUUCUGGUUACUGUGAAGGAACUCUACAAAGGCAUUAAUCAGGCAACACUUUCAGGAUGCAUUGAUGUAAUUGUAGUUCGGCAGCAAGAUGGUUCAUACAUGUGCUCACCGUUCCAUGUCCGGUUUGGGAAGCUUGGUGUCUUACGUUCCAAAGAGAAAGUGAUUGAUAUUGAAAUUAACGGAGAAGCAGUUGAUCUUCAUAUGAAGCUGGGUGAUAACGGAGAAGCUUUUUUUGUGCAGGAAGCCGAAGAAAAAUUUGAAAAAGUUCCUGCACAUUUGGCAACAUCACCAAUUCCUACAGAUACCCACUUCUUCAAAGAAACUGAUGAUGAUUUGCUAAAGUUAAGUGAAAAUGAAAGAAUGUGUCCAAGCUCAGAAAUCCCACAAAUUCUGGAAACAGAACCUGUUUUUUCCUCUGGGUCAGUGAAGAAGAAGAAGCGGAGGAAAAGAAAAUGCAAACAAGAUACAAAGAAAGAUGAUCACAUCUCUUCUCCUGGAAGUGAAGAAGUCUUUGAAAUGGAAAUGAGUUCUGAUGAUGAGAGAAAUAUUCAGCCUGUUAGAAGCGCCCCAGAUUCCCCACUGAAGGAUGAGGAGUAUAAGGAAUCAUUGAUUUAUCACUCAAAUGAUCAUUACCCCUUAUCAGAUGGAGACUGGUCACCUUUGGAGAACACCUUUAGCAAGACAACGUGUCCUAAAAGUGAUUCGGAACUGGAAGUUAAGCCUGCAGACAGCUUGCUUAGAGUAGAGUCUCACAUGGAAUGGACGUGGGGAGGCUUUCCAGAAUCUACCAAGAUAAGCAAGAAGGAAAAAUCAGAGCAUCCUAGAACAGCCACAAUAACUCCAUCAGAAAAGACUCAUUUUAGGGUCAUAUCCAGCACAGAUGCAGUGGAAGAUGAUGUUUUGGUGAAUGAUUCUGUCUGUACAGUACUAAAACCUGAACCAAGGAGUCAUCCUCUACUAAAGGAACUAGAUAUUAAAGAGAAACUUACUACUUCAGCAACAGAACCUGUUAUAGAAGUGCUUCAGAGUUCAUCUUCAUCAUACUCUGAUGUUCUUCCCAGUCCAUUGGUGGGUUCUACAUCAGAAGUUAAGCCACCAGCAAAACUGGAUUCUCCAUCAAAGAGAAAAGGGAUACAUAAGAGAAGCCAUCACCAAGGGCCCGCUGACAUAUAUUUGGAUGACCUAACAGCUUUGGAACCUGAAGUUGCAGCUCUUUAUUUUCCGAAAAGUGACUCUGAUCCAGGUUCCAGACAGUGGAUAGAGUCUGAUACCCUCUCUGGCUCUCAGUCUCCACAGUCAGUUGGAAGCGCAGCUGCAGAUAGUGGUACGGAAUGUAUGUCUGAUUCUGCAAUGGACUUGCCUGAUGUCACAUUAUCACUUUGUGGAGGUCUUAGUGAAAAUGGAGAGAUAUUGAAAGAAAAGUUCUUGGAACAUAUCAUUACUUACCAUGAAUUUGCUGAGAACCCAGGACUUAUAGACAACCCUAAUCUUGUAAUAAGGAUAUACAACAGGUAUUAUAAUUGGGCAUUGGCAGCUCCUAUGAUUCUCAGCUUGCAGGUGUUCCAGAAGAGCUUGCCACAGGCCACAGUUGAGUCCUGGAUAAAAGACAAGAUGCCAAAAAAGUCUGGGGGAUGGUGGUUUUGGCGUAAAAAGGACAGCUUGAUCAAACAGCUUCCAGAAACAAAAGAGGGAAAAUCUGAGGCUCCAAAAAAUGACCUGUCAACAAGUACGAAGGAUCAAGUUGACAGUCGGCCUGCAAAUGAUUAUUCUUCCAGUGAUGAUGAAGGAUCACAAGAACUGAAAGAAUCUUUAGAAACAAAUUCUGCUUCACUUGAACAUCCAAGCCAUGGAAAUGCUACCUCUUAUAAAAAGUCACUUCGGUUGUCUUCAGAGCAAAUUGAAAAAUUGAAGCUUAAAGAUGGACCAAAUGAUGUUGUGUUCAGCAUUACAACUCAGUAUCAAGGAACUUGCCGCUGUGCAGGAACAAUAUAUCUGUGGAACUGGAAUGACAAAAUAGUUAUUUCUGAUAUUGAUGGAACCAUAACCAAGUCUGAUGCUUUAGGACAGAUUUUACCACAGCUUGGCAAAGAUUGGACACAUCAAGGCAUUGCAAAACUCUACCAUUCUAUUAAUGAGAAUGGCUAUAAGUUUCUGUAUUGUUCAGCCCGUGCCAUUGGAAUGGCAGAUAUGACAAGAGGGUAUUUACACUGGGUCAAUGACAAAGGAACAAUUCUGCCCAGAGGGCCAUUAAUGUUGUCUCCCAGCAGUUUAUUUUCUGCUUUUCAUAGGGAAGUGAUUGAAAAGAAGCCUGAAAAAUUCAAAAUUGAGUGUUUAAAUGAUAUCAAGAACUUAUUUGCCCCAUGUGAACAACCUUUCUAUGCUGCUUUUGGAAACAGACCUAAUGAUGUGUAUGCCUACAUGAAAGUUGGAGUUCCAGUGUGUCGAAUAUUCACAGUCAACCCAAAAGGUGAACUGAUUCAGGAGCAGACAAAGGGGAACAAAUCUUCAUAUUGCAGACUGAGUGAACUCGUGGAACAUGUGUUUCCACUUCUUAAUAAAGAACAGAACUCUGCUUUUGUAUGUCCAGAAUUCAGCUCCUUCUGCUAUUGGAGACAGCAGCUUCCUGAGGUGAACGUAGAAGACUUAUCUUGAACAGCACUCUUUGCACAUAACUUCCGCCUACAGACUAUAACUGUCCUUUCAGUACCAUAUGUCUUACUAAAUACAGGAAGUGCCAUUGGUCUGGCACACACCAGUGAAAUGCAAGGCUGAUCUAUGUUCUUCAGACAUUCUCACUGAUUGAUUCAAGGCAUUGAAAAGAUUGUUAUCCUUUGAAAUAACAGACCCGUCAUGAUGACAAGAUGAAAAAAGAUGGGAAUUUAGUGCAUCUUCACAUAUACAAAUUACAGUGGACGUAUGUUUCAUAUACUAGUUUCCUUAAUAUAUUAUCUCAAAGAAAGCAGAGAAGUGUGUAGAGUUGAUUGCAAAAACUUUAAGCCGAUUACAGGGAUCGUAUUUAAGUUAGCACUAAAGCUGUUUCCAGAGGCAGCAUCUGACAUUUCAAUUCAGUAAAAAUGUCUUUUACCAAACAAUAUAUAUGUAUUUAGUGGACAUUCUCAGUUUUACUGUGUCUCGCAGGAACUGAGGAUUGAAGUGGGGAUGCUUAUAUUAGCUUCCAAUCAUGAUUGCUCUGCUUCUUCCAUUUUUAAAAAUAUUACACAUAGUGAUUUGGCUGUCUCAGAUAAUUUUUGUUACUUGCAGCAUUUUUUUAAACUUUAUACGCUGUUGUGUGACAUUGGAGGUCUACAAAGUGGUAAGAUCAUCUUUGCAGUUAUCUCUUAAUUGCAUUUGCUGUGUAUGCAGUGUAUAGAGAACUAGGCAACAUAAAAUUUUCAGGGAUAAAGGCUUGUUUUAUAUCACGAAGGUACUGUAUAUUAAUCUUUGAAAACUGGGAAUACUUCUAUGUUAUUACAGAACUCUGUAUCAGGGUUUGUCAGAUUGACAAAAGUGACACCGAACAGUAGGGUCCAAAUGAAGAAUGCUGUGCAUCAGCUAUACAUUUCAUGUCUGAUAACUAAGAUUACACAUAUUAUUCAGCUGUGUGAACUCCUGAUUGAAAUAGCUGCUUACUUUUCAUUCUUCUGCCUGUUUUUUCCAUUUUUGCACAAAGCUACAAGAUGAAAUAAUAUAUGUAAAUAAACAGUUUUCAGCCAAUUUCCUGCCAGGCAGUCAUAGCUUCCUAUGAAACCAGCAGAGAUUAUCUGACAGCUAAAUUUUUCAGGUCAGUAUAUAACAUGUACUUAGGGUCAGAUCUUGAGAAUGGACAGAGAUGAAACACUGGCACCACUUGGGAAUGGCUAGUCCUUUUUGCAUCAUGUGAAGCUUCCAUAUAAACAAAAGUUUAUAUUCUAUAUAAAUAAUAGCAAUAGUUCUACAGUUCCCAUAAUUCUUCACUUUUGGCUGUGCUGACUGGAAAUGAUGGGAGUUGUAAUACAAAAAUGCAAAGAACCACUAUUGUCAACGUCUGAGGUAGACAUUUUGAUAUUAUGUGUUCUAUGUCUGAUAUGAACUGUAAAGCUUCACCUUCAGGUUUACUGCUGAUUAUGGUUUUAUGCUGGGUCAUUUGGGGUGAUACAAGCUUAAAAACUAGAUGCUACUCUUGUCUUUGGAUACAUUCAUUCAUGGAGAUCUUUCUGAGUGUCCAAAUUAGUGGCUUGGUUCUUAGGACAUAUGAUCAGGAAAUAUAAUGGAAGACUUGGAAAUCUCUUGUGUAAUUACAGCAGUAGUGAAUAGGGAUGUGCAUUUUAGAUUUUUGGACUACAAAUCCCAUAAUUCUCCAUCCUGAAAGACCCACCUGCCAGACUCAGGCCGUACAGACACCUAAAUUAUGUUCACCUGGAGCCUUAUUGCUGGGAUAGGCCCAACUUCCUAUUUGAAAAGACAGUGGUCUUGAUUAUUGCUAGGAAGCUUCCUUUUCAAAUAGGAGGUUAGGCCUACCCCAGCAAUGACAACUGCUAGCUGGGCUUUCUCUCCAGGUGAGCACAAUAUAGGUGUCUGUAAAAUAUGGGUCUGGCAUUUGGGAUUCCCAGGAUGGAAAUGUAUGAGAUUUGUAGACCAACGCACCCCACAAGUACACAUAUGAAUAGUGAUCCAUGUGAAAUAUAGCUUAUUAAACUGUGGGUUAAUCUGGAGUGUUUGAAAAGAUUCUCCAGUUAGAGUGGGGCUGUAGAAUCUGUGGUUCUCCAGAUGUUAAUUUUCAAUUUCCAUCAACCCGUUCCAGCUUGGACAAUGAAGAGGUGUAAUGGGUGGAGGAAUUCUCAUUUGGAGGGCUGAAUUUUCCCCACUCCGAUUUAGGCAUUAAUUCAAUACAGCAACAAUGUAUACAUUUCCCAACACAAGAAAGUACAAAUUAGAAAAUUCUUGUUAAAAAAAACCUGCCAAUACUGGAUAAAAUUUAUUUCAGAAUAUAAACUUUGUUUACUUUAUUUCCUUGCAUUCUGUAAGCACUCUGGAAGCUUGACGUCUGCUAGAUGGAUAUUCUAGCUUGACUAGAAAGCCUUGGUUUCUUCCUCUGUAUUCCACACUUUUAGUAACAAUUACAUUAUUUGUAGUACAUCAUCUUGCUCCUUCAGAAACCAACAAUAGCAUUGGCUGAAGUGAAUAUUUCUGUGACAAAGUGGUUGGAAUAGAAAAUCUGCAUUUGCUUUUGAAUGUUAAGAAUUUCCAAAAGACUUCUGGAAUAUUUCCCUUUUAUAAUUAUAAGCAGACCAAAAUUUGUUACUCAUAUGUUUAAUGCUGAAGAGUGCUCUUGAGUCAUCUCGAUCCAAACAGUUGGAAAUACAUAUGCACUUCUAACAAUGGUAUGCUAUUGUUUAUCAUCUCUUGGUCUCACUUAAGAUAGUACUAUGUAGACCAUUAUACAGUAAGUUUGGAUCCUACCUCAGUGACUCUAGAGCAGGCUAAUGGUAAACAGCAAUAUUGGGGCACUGGCUAAUCGUCUCUUUGAGCUCCUCUUGAUUCUAUUUCCUUGCUGCAGUGGUAAUGGAUGGCUUGAAACUGGUUUUGGGAAACAAAGCUUGUACUACAUCUAUUUCAGAUCAGCAUCGUAGCUUAUUCUUUCUGUGAAAGAGACCGAUUUGUGCGUAAGAACAAGCAAUCUUAAUGUUUUUUUUAAAUUACAUUUUGUUUUACUUUGGAAAUGUUUUUGAACAGUUUCUGCUGCACCUCUCCAAUUACUUUCUUGGACUUUGUCAUAUAAGGUGAAUAUGACUGUUUUAAUAUCUCUGCAGCACUUAGAUUAAAAUAUAACAAUCAAGUUAUUCUGUAUCACAGUGUAUGGUUUGGGAUUUAAAUGUUGUAUUCAGCCUUGUAUUUGCAGGAGUGUAUUUGUGUGAGUGUGAGUGAGUGAGAGAGAAAUUCAAAAGUAUUCCUGGUACAUAAAGCAGCAGAUAUGAUCCUUGAAAAAACUUCUCUGUUGUUAUUAGUAUACUGUUUCAAGAAUUUAGUCUUAUCUGGAAAAGUCUUAAUGGCUAAAUUACCUUACUUAGAAUUGGAAACAUUCAAAGUGAAUUCAGUUUAUGUUAGUAUAACUAUGAUCAUUGAAGUGUUAAAUACAGUGAAUAGAGUUCUUAACAAUAAGAAAUAUACAUCCAAAGUAAUGCUUUUGAGCCUUUCCUUUUAGCUAAGAAAGUUGCUUUUGUUAAUCAGCAACAUGUUGAGAUACAGGUUUUUAGAAUAAAUCUGCAUGUUGAUUGAUUCCGAAUGUAAGGGAACAGAACUCUUCAAUACUUUGUUUAAUUGUUAUGAACAAUUUUUUGCUUUAACUGAACUUUACUGGUAAAUCAGUGAAUAUUCUCACACAGUGUUUUUUUGUAAAGACUGUGUCUGUUUAAAAAUAAUACCACUUUGCUGUAUUUAAUAAAAUUGACAGUAAUAUUUCACCUAA